AGUCCUGAGGAACAACCAAAAAACCGUCACCAUGGGCAGGAUCAUCUUUUACGAGGACAGGAACUUCCAGGGCCGCUCUUUUGAGACCAGCACCGACUGCCCUGAGCUGACCUCCUACCUGAGCAAGUGCCAGUCCUGCAGGGUGGAGAGCGGCUGCUUCAUGGUCUACGACCGUCCCAACUACAUGGGCAACCAGCAUUUCAUGAGGAGGGGCGAGUACGCUGACAACCUGAACCUGGUGGGACUGUCCGACUGCAUCAGGUCUUGCCGUACGAUCCCCACGCACAGAGGCCAGUUCAGGAUGAGGAUCUACGAGAAGGAGAACCUCACUGGUCAGAUGGUUGAGCUGACGGAAGACUGCGAGAACAUCUUGGAACGCCUCCGCAUGUCUGAGUGCCUGUCCUCCCAGGUGAUUGAAGGCCACUGGCUCCUGUACGAGCAGCCCAACUUCAGAGGCAAGGUGCUCUACCUGAAGCCCGGAGAGCAGAGGAGCUUCAGGGACCUGGGAGUGAGCACCACCAGGUUCAUGAGCAUGAAGCGUAUCGUGGAUUCCUGCUACUAA